GAUGAACAACAUUUCAUGAACAUACCUGUGUUGACAAUCAUUUCAGCUAUACGUAUCGGCGGUUCGUACUGGAGCCGCGAUACCAUCAAAAGUCACACUUCUCCGGGUCUUGGGCUGUCGUCACCUCAGUACCUGAACAGGACGACUGAAUUCACCCUUACCUGGUAGUACCCAAUACUCACCGGAAAGAUCACGAGAGGCAGGGGAACACAUACUAGUCAAGUUCAUCACCAAAGCCCAGCCCAUGAUGGCCAACCCCACUGCUCCUCCUCCUCCAGCUCAAGGCGGAGGGUUGAACGUCAUCGCCCUCAUCUCCGGCGGCAAAGACAGUUUCUUCUCCCUCCUCCACUGCCUCGCCCACGGCCAUCGCGUGGUAGCCCUAGCAAACCUACACCCACCGGAGGCAGGCGAUGGACAUGAAGGAAAAGAAGCGGAAGAAGAAGAAGAAGAAGAAGAUCUGAACAGCUUCAUGUACCAAACCGUCGGCCACCAAGUGAUCCCCCUGUACGCGGAAGCCACAGGCAUUCCGCUGUACCGCCAGCCUAUUCUUGGGGGAGCAACGCAGGGGAAGGAUUACUCGCAUUUUUCGGCGGCGGCGGUGGUGUCGAAGAUCGCACCUGGAGGAUAUGGAUCUGAGUCCGCUACUGUCCAAGUUGAAGUGGAGGAUAAUGAAGCGAAGAAAGUGAAAGACGACAACGACGAAACGGAAUCCAUGAUCCCCCUCCUCCUCGCCAUCAAGCGCGCCCACCCCGAAGCCAACGCCAUCUGCGCCGGCGCCAUCCUCAGCACCUACCAGCGCACGCGCGUCGAGUCGGUAGCUACCCGCUUGGGUCUCACACCUUUAGCUUUUCUGUGGAAGUUCCCCGUCCUGCCCGUCCCCCAACAGCAGUUAUCUGCCGGUUUCGGUGGUGAUGUUGCAAACACGGACGCGCAACUCCUAGACGACAUGGCCGCCGCGGGCAUGGAAGCGCGCAUCAUCAAGGUCGCCAGCGGCGGACUGGACGAUUCGUUCCUCUGGACCAACGUCGCAGACCGGGCGGGCAAGGAGAGGAUCGCGAGGAGCAUGCGGCGGUUCGGGACGGCGUCGGAGAAGGGCGCGGUGAUUGGGGAGGGAGGGGAGUUCGAGACGUUGGUGCUGGAUGGGCCGGCGAAGCUGUUUAGGAAGAGGAUCGUGGUGGAGGAGAAGGAUAGGAGGAUUGUUAUGGAGGGAGGGGGGUGUGCUUGGUUGAGUUUUGGGAGUGCGAGGUUGGAGGAUAAGGUCAAGGAAGUCACGGCGGCUUCUACUUCUGAGGAGGAGAGUGAGGCUGUUAAGGUCAGGAUUCCGGAUUUGUUGGAUGCUAGGUUUGUUGGGGUGUUGGAGGGUUUGGAUGAGAGUGCUUCCGCUUCCGCUGGCGAGGAAGAAGCUCAAAAGCUUCUAGCUCUGCUCAGCUUGGAUCCUCAACAAGGCUUGUCGAAGCAAGAAGGUACUCCUCAGCUUGGACUGUCUCAGAGUCUCGUCGACAGCAAACUACAACAAUGGUGCUUCUUCGGCAACGCUUCUUCUUCCUCCGCCGGUAGCAGCAGCAUGAUCGAAACAGAAACAUCAUCACUAGUUGCCCAGAUCCGUCAACGCCUCCAACAGUUCAACCUCCCUCCAUCCGCCAUCCUCACCUCCACCAUCCUCCUGCGUAGCAUGGCCGACUUCCCCGCCGUCAACGCCAUCUACGGCGCCAUCUUCGACGCACCCAACCCACCCUCCAGAGUCUGCGUUGCUUGCGGUGACUCCCUAUCCGCCCUUUCCGGCAGCAACAGCAGCAUCAACAUCGCCAUCUACCUCACCGUCCACACCGGCUUCACCAACAAAACCGACCAGCGACGACAAGGUCUCCACGUACAAUCCCGCUCAUACUGGGCUCCCGCCAAUAUCGGACCAUACAGCCAAGCCAUUUCGAUUCCGCUGGCCAGUCUCUCGUCUUCAUCUUCACAGUCUAACUCAACCGGCAACGACGGUCUAAGACUAGUUACCAUCGCUGGCCAAAUCCCCCUCGUACCCGCCACCAUGGCCUUGCCUCCCGUGGAAUCAGAGCAACAACAACAACGACAGGCACUAAACACCCAAAUCACUCUCUCCCUCCAACACCUCUGGCGCAUCGGUCUCGAAGUCGGCGUGCAAUGGUGGACUAGCGCCGUGGCUUAUUUCCCUGCGGAUAGUACUGACGCUGACACUGACACUGACGGUGUCGGCCGCUGCUCCUUUUCAAUGCCGAUGAGUGAAAAGGCCAGACUGGCUUACAAAACCUGGCAGGCUGCUCACCGAUGGUCUUCCUCUUCCUCCUCCUCCGACGGUAACUCCGAUGACGACGACGACGACGACGACGACGACGACGACGACGACGACGACGACGACGACGACGAAGAUGAAGAUGAAGGCGGCCCCGACCUCUGGGAUAGAAAAUUCAAUCCCCGGUAUAUGUCCUUCGCCGUCACCACCUCCUCAGAACAGUCCUCUUCGGAACCAAAAUUACCGGACUGGGGUAUCCUUUCCAACAAGAACAAGAACACCAAAAAGAAGAGACCAAUCCCGCCCUUCUUCGCCGCCCAAGUCGCUGAACUCCCCCGCUCCGCUGGCGUGGAGUGGCACGCGCAUUUGGGCGUCGCGAAGACUGGAGGAGCGAAGAGCGUGACGGUUUUGGAUAGUUUCCUGGCGAAUGUGGUGGAUAUGGAUGUGAAUGAUGGCGGCGGUGCUGAUGAUGGUGGUAAUGGGAGGAGGGUGGUGGAGGUUCAUCAGACUGUUGUUCGUUCUCCUGCCUCUACGUCUCAUGAAGAGGAUGAUGAUGAUGAUGAUAGCGAUGAGGAUGAUGGAGUCAACAAAAAGUCAGAACCCAGGCGGCAGCAACCCGCUCUUCUCCAGACAAUACUCGUGGAGAGACACAAAGCUGGAGGAGUUUCAUCGCCUCCUCCGGCGCCGUACAAGGGACUCGAUGAAAUCGCCCGGUUGGCCGCUCAUCGGUUGAUCAAUCAGGAACACAGCGAGCCCGCCGAAAAGGGUGGCCGCCCGUCAGUUAUGGUGCGUUAUGUGGAUGUCGCCCUUUCUGCCGCUGCCGCCACCGCCCUUGAUGGUGAUAGUGGUGGUGUAACCGUACCCGUGGUGCCGUGCGCGUCGCUCUGGAGCGGUGGUGGGGAGAGGCUGGCUUCUGUGACAAUUUAUCAGUGUGUGUUUGAAUGAGUAUUUCGUGGACUUUGAGGAGCAGGAACAAGACUGUUGAGUGUGAUAGCAUAUUGUGGUGUUUGUAUACUUACAUCUUAUCCAACGAACGAUCUUUGCUUUUCUCUCAAU